GAAGUAUAAACCACCAUGAAUCAGUUUCACCUGCUUUGGUGUGACUCAGUGUGACAACAGGUGCAGUGAUUAGGCAACGACCAAAUAACCCCUCCAAAACAGCAAAGACUGUGCAGGUGGUCGAUGCAGACUGUUGCUCUCUCCCUGCUGACUGAUUUUUCUCUGGUUUUGCUGCAGCUGGUUCAGGUUGCACAGGUAGUCUCCCAGCGCAAUUCCCAGAGUGUGGAGGACAAACCAGGAAAUGGGCCUGCAACUGCAAAGAGAGGGAAGCAGAGGGGGUGUAAACCCAGCAGCAGGACCGGUAUUUAUUUGUGUGAAAAAGAGCGCUGCCAGAGUUCUAGAAAAUGACCUCAAACAGGUUUAUGAAAGAGACUCCAUCAGGGUGUCAUAUAGGUCAAUGCUCACAGCUCAGCAUCAUGCAGCUUGACUGGUGUUUACCACUGACACCCUGUUCUCUACACAGAUGAGAGCAGGUUCAUGCUAAGCAGAUGUGCCAGAUCUGAAAAAGAAACAACACGUUAUGCUUUCUAACUGGACAGAAGAUGUCACUGACGUUUAACUUUUAUACUGUGAUGAUUGAUGCUUUAAUGGUUAAGUUUUUGAGCAAUUUUGUUUAAUUGUUUACUGUUUGUGAGACUUAAGUUUUCCUCAUGCAGAAAUACCUAUUUGGUUGAUAUAAAUUAGACAUAAUGGACAUAUCUGUUACAACAGGUAAGACAAUAUUUUACAGUCUCUGUCCUACAUGCCCUCUGCCUUUAACAUAACACAAUGCAGGGAAGUUCUCCCAAAAUUACACAAGCACCCAGGAUAUUAUAUUCAUAUCAUAUUCACCAGUCAAAGACAGGCCAGCCAAACUGAAACGCCUUAAGCUCCCCCCAAACCCCUCCUACAAUCAUCCCUACAUGAUUGAGAAACUUGGAAAAACUAAAUGAUUAUAUAGCUUGAUUUCCUUUCAGUAAGAAACUAGAAAAUUGUCCUCUUCCUUGUCACUAGGUGGAGUUUGGUGUAUGUGUAAGCAAGGCUGUAAGCAAGGCUGUAAGCGUGUCACUGUGAUUUUAAAUUGAAUUCAGUUUUAUUUAUACAGCGACAAAUCACAACAACUGGCUUCUUUAAAUGCAGUAGGAAGUAAUUAAGUUUUAUCUGGUUGGGAAUUUAGCGAUGGAAAGGUAUACCUCCGUUUCAGCUACACACACACACACACACACAAAUCCAUCCAUGGUUUUCCAAAUGUUAAUGCUUUAUAUAUCAAGAAUGUAUUUCAUAACUAAGUAAUUUUUCUUUAGAGAAAAGCAAGAACCUAGAAAAUCCUUCUUCUUGCCACCAGGUGGAGAUCUGAGCAUGUCUGAGCAAAGCUGCAUGUAGCCUUUCAGCAUGUCACUGUGAUUGUAACUGCAGUAGGAAACUAUUAAGAAUAGUUUAUGCUCACUAUAAAGGUUUAUCUGGUUGAAAUUUUAACAUCAACUCACUGUAAAAUUAUAUCUGCAAACAAUGUGUGUAUUACUGUAAAAAAACAACAACACAUGGGUCAAACAACCAAAUAUCUUAAGAUAACACUUUUAGGAUCCCACCUACAUCUCCUCUUCGCAUAAGGGAAUGCAGUGAGGUUCUCCAAAAAUACACAAGUAUCCAGGAUGACACAUUCCUAAAAAUCCUCCAUAUUCACCUGCGAUGGGCAUUUAAAAACAAAUGUCACUCUUCCUUUUUGGAAGGUGUGUACAAUUAUAGCUCGGUGUAAUCUGCCCCUGUGAUAUUAUAGGAUGGGAGAUCUCUUCUUUGUCACCCCCCAUAAAAAAAAAAAUUAAAAAAAAGACAAGCAUGAUCACCUCAUUACCUCAGCAAUAAAAUAAUACAGCCUCCAGUGCAGUGUAAGCAAUGUCAGUGUGCAGAGUCCAGCGUCUCCACUGGCUCGUUUUUAGGAGAUGAUUGUUAAAGUCUUAAGCUCUGAGUUCAGAUCAGCGACUGGUAAUCCAGCACCAUGCCCUCGGGGAAGAAAGUCAAGCUCAUCCUGUAUGAGGUGCUGCAGUUUGCAGCACUGAUUGUACCCAUCUUUGUAAUCAUGGAGAGAUUUGCCAGCCUCAUAUACAACGUGAAAGGACGGGAUCAGACAGCAUACUGGCUCGUUGUGGCGGCUUCUAUCGCCUAUGUGACCUCUGUGACCUUGCUGGUGUGGGCUCCUGUCAGAUAUAUGACUAUUAAGCAGCGGGGAUUCAUCAGAGAGGUCACGCAGUGGAGGCCAACAGCAAUGGCAUAUCUCAUCCUGUGCACAUUACCGUGCUUUGCUAUCCUAAUAGCCAGCUCCAAGGUGCAGGUGGACAGAGGACAGACACUGGACAGUUUCUCUGAGUUGCCAGUUUCCCUGGUGCUUUUCUUCCUCAUCUGGGUGGAUAUCAUUGAGAGGAUUCGACCCUGCAAACUCAUGGGAAAAUCAGACAGCUUAGAUUCAGACUUUGACAUAUCAGGCCCUGUCCUCACCCACAUGGAACCAGUGACCACCGUAUCAAGCCAGAUGAAUCCUGAAGAAGGCCAGAACGGUGUGACCCAAGGCCAACCAGAGGCCAAAAAUGGCAGUCCCUCUAACAGAUUCCACGAUGUUGCCAACUCACCACCAAGAACACGAAUCACCAGCACUGCCUACUUGUACUCCUCAACCUCACGCCCUCUGUCGUACUCGGGUCGCCCGAGCAUCCUGUGGAAAAGGGACGGAAGGUCAGAAAUAUUUGUGGAUAGUUUCCUUUUCUGGUUUGACACUGUGGAGAUGGUGAGAGUGGCAGGACUGCCCUCAGUGUUCUACUCAGGCUGGGUGUUCCCAGUCUACAUCCUCGCCUUCCUGUCUACUCUUCGUAUGAUUAUCACACCUCACAACCCCUUGUUGUCUUCUGCUGGAUUUGCUCUUCAGGACUUCCCUUUCUUUGUUUUGCGGGUUGCUCUGAUUGCUGUGUUUGGCUUUGUAACACCCUUCUUAUACCCACUGAAAAAUGUCCUGGUAAGCCUAGCUUUUAUCUAUUUCACAUUUCUGACCAGGCUGAAAAUUUUUAGACAUCACAGCCUGUUUUGAGGAGGAGUGGCACAUUCUGUUGUUGAUGAAAAAGCCACUUGGACUGUGAGUAUUUCGACAGUUGGUCUUCAUGUGUGGAGAGCAGCAUCAAAUCAACAAGAUGCUGGUGCUGAUGAUGGCGAGCAGCAUGUUUGAAUUUUUCUGGCUUCUAAUGCAUUAAAAGGACAUUCAAACCAAAGUGCAAAAAUCAUUCCGAAUUUUGUUUAAAAAACAGGUGUACAAAUGGAAGUAUAAAGUAAGCCAACUCUCAUCUUGAUUAAAAUAUAUUUAUUGGUGCAAAUGUUUAUCUGCUUAGUUUUGUAUUUUAACUCUAAAUUUGUUUACAUUUCUUUUGAAUAAAACCUUGAAAAACAAUCCUUUAUGUUGACACUGGUGUAUAUUCUGUAAAUACUUCAAAGCUAAUCUGAUUUUAUUUAUUUGUUAAAGGAGACAAAGUUAGGUGGAUUGACAAUAGUUUGAUGCGCUAUAUCAGAUAAGGAACACAUGAUUCGGAAGUGAAUUCAAAGUGUAAUUUUCAUUGUGAGGCCCAAAGAGAUUCAAUUCAAUUCAAAUUUACUUAUAUAGUCCCAAUUCCCAAAACAGUCAACCCAAGGUACUUUAUAUUGUAAAGUAAAGACCAAUAUUUUAGAACAAACCCCAACAAAUAUAUGACCCCUUA